AUGGCUUUUUACCACCAAAAGAGGCUCGUACUUGACGGCAAUCUAUGUACAGUACGCUACCAUGGCCCGCUCGAAGGUACAUCAGGUGAAUGGCUUGGCGUGGAGUGGGAUGAUCCUACUCGCGGGAAACAUGAUGGCAGCCACAAAGGCAAGCGCGUAUUCCAGUGUCUAUCGACUUCCCCGACAGCAGCUUCGUUCAUUCGGCCAGCAAGGAAACCGGACGAAACAAGAACUGUACUGCAAGCCAUCAAGUACAAAUACGAACAUGCACCACAGGCAAAUGGGAGCCUUAAGGGGCCAGGCUAUCAGAUCAUCGAGAUCUCGAAGAAGAAAGUCGAGGAGGUUGGUUUCGACAAAAUCAACGAGCAGAUGUCGCAUCUGGAGAACCUGAAGGUUGUUCUGUUGGAUCAGUUGAAAGUGUCUGGACUUACAAAGUCUGUCGUGAAGGCAGACGUGCAAGCAGCACGAACAGAACUGGCGGAGACGUGCCCAAACAUCAUAGAGCUUGAUGUGGGCUGGAACCCCAUUGAGGAUUGGAACGAUAUUCUGUUGACAUGUUCAGCACUCAAGAAGCUACGAACUCUCAAAGCAAGCGGUCUGCGCUUGAGAUCUCUACGGCCUCAACAGCAGGUGGAACACAUUACCGAGUUACAUCUCAGCGAAUGUCUCUUAAGGAUGUCAGAAGUCCUCUCGCUCCUCUCAUUGGAUGAUAAACCUGUCUUUCCGAACCUCAACACUCUCUGGCUCUCUUCAAACGAGCUCGAUUCUUUCGACGUUAGCGACUCCUCCAGCAUUGUUGGCUCCAUUACUUCGCUCGUGAUCGAGAAUAACCGCUUCACCACGCUUGCUCCAUUGCAAGAACUGCUUCGGCACUUCCCGAACCUUACCUCUCUUUCACUCCAAGGCAAUCUUGUCUCAAGUACCGGUCUUCCACCGAGCACCAUGCUCUCCAGUACAUUAAAGGACCUGAAUAUCGCGUCCAAUAACAUCAGCACAUUCCACACCGUCGACGCACUUCCCACGCUUUUCCCUUCGCUCGCCUCUCUGAGGAUCUCCAAGAACCCCCUCUACGAUGCCCUUGCGCAGGGAUCCACCGCUACCAGUACGUCCGGCCGCCCGUCCGACACUGCUUUCUACCUCACAUUGGCACGCCUACCUACUCUCACAACCUUAAACUACACCACCGUUACUCCACGAGACCGCGAAGAAGGCGAAAUCUAUUACCUCUUCAUCACGGAGAAGGAGAUCCGUACCAAGAUCGCCACUGCCCCAACCUCGUCACACGACACUAUCCUGAGAGACCUACGGCCGAGCUACACCCGGUACGCUCGGCUCUGUGAGAAGUAUGAGCGCGUCAACGUGCUGCUCUCAUCCUCUCCGGCGGCGGUUCUGGAGGCUGCCAAGACCCCUUUGUUUGCCGAAGGUAACGUCAAGUCACUCGCUGGUCGGUUGGUGCGGGCCGUAUUCUAUGUGGCAUCCAGUGACCGGCGGUUUGAAAGGGUGCUGCCACGAACAACACCAGUAUAUACGCUGAAGAGCCUGCUGGCGCGGGAAUUGGGGCUGCGGCCGCUGCAUUUUAGACUGGUGUAUGAGAGCCCGGAAUUGGAUCCUGUACAGGUGACGACGACAAAAUUGUACGGUGGCCGUGAGCAAUGGGAGGCCUGGGGGAGAUGGGAUGUUGAUUUGCAGCCGCCGGUGGAUGAGACGAGGGUGAGUGGUGGCGAGACGCGCCGAGAAAGCAACGGAAUGGCGGUUGAUGAUGAUGAAGAGGAAAUUGGAGGCAAGUGGGUUGACGGGGAACUGCUGAAAGGCGGAACACGAUGGCGGAGACGAGAGGUGGAGGUGCUGGACGGGAUGCGGGAGUGGGGAGACUAUCUUGAGAGUGACUUGCAGGACGUAAAGAUGAGGAUCGAGCUAUUCGACAAGAUAGGACAAUGA